GACAUUACAAUGGAAGUUAGGAGCAAAUGUAUAGUCCAAGUAAAAUUAGCUGUUUAUAGGAAAAUUAGGAUGGAAAAGGCAAAAUACGCUGAUUGGGAAAAAGAAUCUAUUUUACAGUUGGAAAAUGUUUUAAAAGGUGUUAAUAUGUCACCAUGA